AUGGCGCGGCGGGCGUUAGUCCUUGAUGGACUAUGGUACUCCCUCUGUCCAUCUUUCAAUGCCCUUAGCCUCAGUCGAUCAACAGCAUUUCCCGGAUCAAAAGGACGAAACCCGAAGCUACCCUCUCUGCCUUCGAUCUCAAGCACGAGCUCGGUUUCGCACCGAUGCUACAAUACAUCAGCCGGCGACAACGGCAAAGUCCCAUUUAAUGAAGCACAUCACAAUGAUCACAACGGAUUACAAGAGCCAGGCGAAGAUGAAUACCGCGACUCUCGCUCCUCUCGGAAUCCAACAAACACCGACCCGCGACGGAAAGCUCCGCUCUACACACGAACGCAUAGGGUGCAAGACGACCUCCUAGGAACGUCGAAUGAGGGACUAGAAACCCGACUGCAAUACGUGAUGCAUAACAAGCCAAACAUGCGACACAUAACGCAGAUCCUGCGGCUGCUCAUUCGGGACCGCCAUGUCCAGCCGAAUGCCCGGCACUACAAGGCACUGAUCCUUGCAAAUACCGAUAAUGAAAGGGGCUCACCGGAGAUUGUCCGCAGGCUUCUAGAUGAAAUGGAGAACAAUGGCAUCACCGCCGACUCCGGUACACUACACGGCGCAUUGCAGGUCCUCGCUGUACACCCAGACUAUCUUCUCCGACAAGAAAUCCUGAAUAAGCUUCGCGGCCGGUGGCUCACGCUGAGUCCAGCUGGGUGGCAUUUUGUGGCGGCGGGUCUUCUGCGUGAGAACCAGCUCGAGCUCGCGCUUGAGCAUGUCGCUCUGAUGGAGCGCAAAGAUAUAAUUGUGGAGAAUUGGCUACACAGUAUAAUCAUCUACACGCUCUGCGAUCAUCGAGAGUUGGACGAAGUGUAUAAUCUGAUGCGUGCACGCGUCGAUCAGGGCCAUGACAUGACCCACCGGCUUUGGAUGCAUGUGUUGGCCGAAGCAGGGAAACACGACCACUACGAUAUGACUCGCUACGUGUGGCGGCGCAUGGUGGAAUUGGGCUACAUGCACCCGGCUAUUGAGAUCUGCGAUGACGUACUGAAAAUCGCUUCCAAUGCGGGUGAUACAGAAUUGGCGAGCUCUGUAUUCCGUUACCUCGAUGAGCGUGGGACUGCACUCAAUGGCAGACAGUAUGCACGACUCGUUGAGACGCACGUGGCAGCCGGUGAUCUGCCUGCUGCAUUUGAAACGCUCUGCACAAUGCACGAAGCUCAAAUCUCUCUGACGGAUAGCUCUACCGAGUGUAUUCUUGCGUACAUGAUUAAGAGUAAAGUCGAUCGGCGGGAGGCGUGGCAGAUGCUCAAACGGCUGAAGAAUGCGAAGCGAAGCAUCCCCAUUGACUCUGUCCGUGUCAUCGCAGAUCUCUGUGAACACGAUGCCCACGAAGAUCCAUCCGUCGUGGAUGAUGGCGUUGGAUUCUACAAAGAGCUCUAUACAUUAUGCCCCCAGGGCGCAGACGUUCGAGUGUACAAUGCUCUCAUUCGGAUGUGCCGAACGGCCCGCAACCGCGAAUCGGGUAUGUUCCUGGUGAAAGAGAUGGCGUCACUUGGGGUAGUACCGAACGGGGUUACCUUCGAGUCCAUCAUCCUAAUGUGUUUGGACGCCGGGAAUUUCCGAUCGGGUUUCAUGUACUUCCAGGAUCUGAUCAAGCGGGAGGCCUCACUCAGCCAUGAAACGCAGGUAGAGAUCCGUUCGAUCUGUGCUGCAUCUGUGGACGAGUUUGCGAUGCGACUGCAGUAUCACCCUGUUAUUCGAGACGACGUGCGAAAGCUAGACGAAGAGCUACAGCAAAAACAAAUGGAGAGAGAAGCGAACGAGAAAGCCGGUCGUCACCCUAUACCCCCUGCUGUUCGUCGAUUGAAUAUGUCAACCGAACAGCGACGCGAGUACAACAAAGAGCGUCGAAAGCAGAAACGUCGUCGCCUUGCCAUUGAACGAAAUAUGAAAGAAGAAGGCUGGUAUGAUUGGUGA